UUUUACUUUAACGUAAAGUCGCCGUUCUUUGCUUUAAUACUAGAGCAGCAUUAAUAAUAACGACAGGUGAUGUAACGCAUUAUUCAGCGGGGGUUUUUUUUUUCGUUUUGUAGUUUUACUUGCAAAUACCCGUUGUGUUCAUUGGUGAUUACCAGUCGAGCACAGAAUAAUCGAUACGACCACAGGUAGCACGGCUGUCAAAAAACAUGGCUUUGAGACGAGCGCUGCAUUUUGUUUUCAAAGUUGGUGACAGGGCCAAAACUGCCACCUUUUACAGAGAUGUUCUAGGCAUGAAGAUUUUAAGACACGAAGAGUUUGAGGAAGGCUGCAAGGCAACUUGUAAUGGCCCCUAUGAUGGGAAAUGGAGCAAGACAAUGGUUGGCUUUGGUCCAGAGGAUGACCAUUUUGUUGCUGAACUGACCUACAACUAUGGUGUGGGAGAAUAUAAACUUGGCAAUGACUUCUUGGGGAUCACUCUGCAGUCGAGCCAAGCUGUAAGCAAUGCUAAACGUCUUGGGUGGCCUCUCAAUGAGGUGGGAGAGGCUCUGUAUCUGACUCAGGCUCCUGGAGGCUAUCCUUUCUACCUGGUGGACAAAGAGCAACCUCCUAAUGACCCUGUGCAGAAGGUUUGUCUCGGGGUAUCAGACCUCCAAAGAUCGACCCACUACUGGUCCACACUCUUGGGGAUGAAAGUGAUGGACAAAAAUGAGGAAAAGAAGACGGUGCUCAUGGGAUUUGCAGACAGUCAAUGUAAACUGGAGCUUCGUGACAUUGGAGGGAUGGUUGACCAUGGAACAGCUUUUGGGAGAAUAGCAUUUUCAUGCCCGCGGGAGCAACUGCCGGAUAUUGAAGCCUUGAUGAAGAAGGAAAAUCAGAAAAUUCUCACCCCAUUGGUCAGCUUGGACACUCCUGGAAAAGCUACAGUAGAAGUGGUUAUUUUGGCUGACCCUGACGGCCAUGAGAUUUGUUUUGUGGGAGAUGAGGCCUUUAGAGAGCUUUCCAUGGUGGAUCCCAAAGGAAAUGAAUUCCUUGAUAAGGCUAUGGCUGAAGAUAAAAGUGAUGAAUGGUUUGCCAAACACAACAAACAGAAGACUGCUGCAUGAGAUGGAGGAGCUGACCUGUCAGUUUUCAUCAGUUAAUGAGGAUGAGAUGCCGCACAACGCACCUGUAGCAUAGAUCUGCCUUAGGCUGGCAGUGUAAGAUUAAUUUUGUUUUAUGUAAAAUUGUGCCCUGAGAUGCUGUAAUGGACCACUUGUGAUGUAUUUUUUUCCCAAUAAAUAUUCUUCCUAAAAGCAAGGCUGAGUGAUGGGCAAAAAACAACAAGUCAAGUCAGUUUUAUCUAUAAAAGACAUGUCAAUGUGAAGUGGCAAAUUGUCUCAAGAAUCCAAUUAUAAACAUGGAUCUCACACAAACAAUGUAAUAAAAAUAUUGAUUGAAAAAAAAUCAAAGAAUAAAAGCAGCGAAAUUCUAACAAAUGUAAAACAGCCAAGUAACAGAACAACAGAAAACAUUUACAGUGACUUUAACCAAACCAUGAGAGACCUCAUUGUUGGAUAGAUUAUUAUGUGUGGCAGCAAACUAUUCCAGAACGUAGACCUGGUCGCCUUUAAUUUUAGGCGAAAAGGUGACACUGAGAGAAGUUAGUGCCAACUUAAUCUCAUAAUAAAGUAUCACCAGGACUUCAUAGCUUAAGUUUGGUCUUGCACCUCUACUGAGUCUCCACCAGCCUUCUGUGCAUAUUCCUCUUACAGCUGUAGUAAAACAACAUGUUUGCCCGGUUCCCAACUCAUUUUGUGGUAAAUAUAAAACGGAUUACCCAAUGGGCCCACCAUGUACAGGCUCUAUGGGCUUUUGGUCUUAUCAUAGAAAUAUGACAUAUCCAAUAAAGAGCCACAAAACAACAGAAAUGAGGCACAACAGAUAUGUACAAGGACUGCAAAGACAUAAAAUGACAUCUGCAUGGUCUGUGGUUCUCUUUCAGUUCUGUUGUUUGUCCACAUGAACCUGCUGUUUUAUAUUCUAUCCAUGUCCACCUUUAUUUAGAAAACAUGUGCCAUAUAGCAUAAUAGAAAAUAAAAUAAAGGUUUUACAUGUAUAAUUAA